ACCAACACGAGGGCUUUCAAAUCCCGCAGAACUCGGCGGCGAUACGUGGCUUUAUCCACCUGCUAGCGAAGUGUGCACAACAAAAAGCGAGACCAGAACAAAAAGAUAUUGCGAACACUACUUGUGUAGCCGUCCAUGACCAUGGUCGAUUUCGGGCCAACUAGCGUGACGAACACUAUUGCCCCUUCCGAAUUCGGCUAUAAUACCCCACUGUUCUUGAUGAAAGAAGAGGGGCUCGAAAAGUGUAGUACAUCUAGUGAAGUACCAGUAAAAGCAACGCGAGACUUCAAAGACAGAAAUACACCAGAAGGAAAAAACUCACCGUCAGAGUUGGUUUUUAAAAGUCCGAAUUCAAGUGAUAAUAAGAGUUUGGACGACUCUAAAGAUUCAGACGAGGGUUUCUCCUCGAGUUUUUCACCCUCUAGUGAGCCACAGAUGCUACAGCAAGAAGCUUCUGGUGUGAGUAGUGCUUUUUGGGGUACACAGAGAGACGAUUUUCUUCAUCAGGAACUUCAAAUGGGUGUGAGUAGCAGUCCAUUGAUGUUUAGCAACCCUUCCCCAAGUUCACAGUUAUCUUCUAAUUCAGGAUUGCGAAGAGGGGCAGCACCAGGAACAAUGCCAGGAUACAGCUCAGGGACAAACCGAAGACCUUUCCCGGCAGUUUCUACUCUUUUGGCCUCAAACAAGGCAGUGGCCAAUGCUCUUGGUGUUUCAAAUUGGAAUGCCAGUCCUUCUCCAUCUUCAACUUGGCCAAACCAUUCCACGAGCAACACUGUUGGCUCAAACUGGCCUCAAGGUAGACCACAGUUGCCCUUCCCAAUUUCAGCUUCAAUGCAGACACCAUCCUACAAUCAAAGUAGAACAAGCAAAUUUACGCCGUUUCCUAUCGUAAGUUUACCUCAGAAGCCAUAUAAAGGAACAAGGCCAUUGCCGACUUUCAGUUCAAGUUCAACGCCGAUUUCUAGCAAAAACUCGUCGCCAUUUGGACAUCAAAAUUCAGUGAAUUGUCAUUCUAGCCUUGAUGCAACAGUUGUAGACGACAUAACACAACUGACAAAUACUUUCUCCAAUUUGACAACAUCAAGUGAAAUUACCACCAAUGGUUUAUUCAACAAUCAGGAGAGAAAUGAUAUGAUGAAGUACUCUUCACUUGAACCAAGACUACUUGAUAUGUUCCGGUCUCCUAUUGACAACCAGGCAGAUCAUCUACAAGCCUUCAGGUAUCAGUUGCAAAAGAAAGGAUUUCCACACCAACGUGAUGCUGACCAGAUUGUGCCUUCAUUCAAUUCCUCUCUGAAUGGGUCUCCGAGAUCAGAUUUGGAUCUCAUGGAAAGAUACUCAAGAAAAGUGUUUGUCGGUGGACUUCCUCCUGAUAUUGAUGAAGAUGAAAUUCAUGCAAGUUUCUGCCGUUUUGGUCAUCUGACCGUGGACUGGCCCCACAAAGCAGAGAGCAAAUCUUACUUCCCACCCAAAGGGUACGCAUUUUUGCUUUACAAGGAGGAAAUUUCAGUUCAAAGGCUAAUGGAUGCUUGCAUGGUGCAAGAUGGAAAGUUCUACUUAUGUGUCUCUAGUCCUACUAUCAAGGACAAGCCAGUGCAAAUUCGUCCUUGGAAUCUUGCUGAUGCUGAUUUUGUGAUGGACAGCUCUCAGCCUUUAGAUCCCAGAAAAACAAUAUUCGUUGGUGGUGUACCUCGACCUUUACGAGCAGUUGAGUUGGCAAUGAUCAUGGACCGCCUUUACGGAGGGGUCUGUUACGCAGGCAUUGAUGUCGAUCCGGAAUUGAAAUAUCCGAAAGGUGCUGGUCGAGUUGCUUUCUCAAAUCAACAAAGCUACAUUGCAGCAAUAAGUGCUAGGUUUAUCCAGCUGCAGCAUGGUGAUAUCGACAAAAGGGUCGAGGUGAAGCCUUAUGUCCUUGAUGAUCAAAUGUGCGAUGAGUGCCACGGAGUCCGCUGCAAUGGAAAAUUUGCCCCUUUCUUCUGUUCCAAUAUCACUUGUCUUUUGUACUACUGUGAGCAAUGCUGGGCAAUUGUCCACUCAAGACCUGGCCGUGAGUUUCACAAGCCAUUGGUCAAAGAAGGAGGUGAUAGGCCGCGCCAGUCUCCAAUGAAUUUCCGCUGGUAACCAGGUAAUCCAAGAUUCAUUCUACAAUGGUUAAUCAAUUCAUGGUUAAUCGUUGUGUAUUAUUAAGAUUUAAUUAUUUAGAAAGUUCAGAUGUGUUUUACGAAAGAUUCAAUAUUUUGUCAGUUGAUGUUUGAUGUGCCACUGUUUGUACUUUUCAUAAAACUAGCUGCGAAAAGAUCUUUAGAAGCAGCCAUUUUAAACGUAUUAAUUUGUUUCAUUUUAAGAUACUUUGUACUCAGAACUCAUGAGAUAAAACCAUACUUUUUACUUAAACUUCGACUGAGCACAUGACAAGCAUGAAAAUACAAAAUAUUGACUGUUGCUUUGUAAAAUGCAGUUUUAUCAUUUUACCCAAUCUUAUGUCUAUUUGAAAUAAUAAACUUUAUACGUUUUCACAAUGAUUUUUUCAGGUGAUUUGUUGUCUAGAAUAUUUUACCAAGUUUUAGAAUCGAUUUUUUUGCAAGGCAGUCUUAUAUUUACAUGGUUAUUAUCAUAAUACUUUAACUUUAUCAUAUUUGAAGCUUUUUAACUUAUAUAAUCGUUAUAUCUUCAUCAAAUUAUGUACGUUCUACUCAUUGCACUUAACAGUGAAAGAUAUUCUCUUGUUUAUUUUUCUUAUUUUCCCAGCAAUAUUCCUUUUCAAAUUCAAAUAUAGGUUUCCCUUUCUUAAAGAUAUAUUUACAUAAAACCUCUCCCUGCCAUUCAGAAUUUUGUAUCACACCCACUUGUGAAUAUUCUUUCAUUGUUUGAUAAAGUUUGCUUUCAUCUCUACCAUUUCUGUAGAACGUAGAUAUUUGCUGUUGAGCGUAGGAGUUGCUGUAGAAUGUAGUUGUUAGUUGCCUUAUAUUUUGCUCGUUUUCAACUUUUGGAGACGCGCAAUCCCUGCUUGUUCGGCGCUAGAACUUUCUUAUUCAGCAGGUUCAUAUAUAGCUGACUGAUUAGUAAUGUAUUGAUGAAAAAGAUUUUGGAAUUUUUUGCUGUAAGUUAAUAUACCUUCAUAGAUGGCGUGUACGCUAGCAGUUGACUGUUUAGAAUGGAGUUUUAUAGAAGCUUCAUUAACUUCAAUUAUAAAGAGAGCUAAUAUUAUCUUGACAUAUUUAAUUGUUCAACAUAUAAUCUAAUGAAUCUCAAAGUUUUAUUUAUAAGAAAUUGAAUUAUCGUCAGAGAGGCUUAAUAUAUAAGUUCUAUUGAUUAUUAAGAGGCAUAUGAUAUAACUUGCACGCAUAUUUCGUUUAGAAUUCGGAGUUCAUAGAAUUCAAGUUUGUAGGUGAAGUUUUAAUAUAUAAGCAUUUUAUCUUGUAUAAGGCAUGGGUUACAAAUUUAUUAAUUGCUGGAAGUGGUGUAUUGCUAGGCUGAAGGUCCGUUUCUGAAAAAGGGCAACAAUCUCUACGCUGAUGUCAAUUAAAUCUAACAGAGAGAUAGCAAGACAUUUAUUAUUUAAACUGGUCUCCUCAUUUUUACGAGCUAUCUUCACUGUUUACAAACCAGCUGUCAGAUGUUCAAGAACCACGCUGUAGGAUAAUUAUACCAUUUGCAUUUUUAAGAAAAAUUUUAAAAAGUUGCCCUUUUUCAGUUUUCCAGAAGUGAUUGGAGUGUCUUAGUAUUUUAAAUGUAGAUUAUCCCUUUUAUUUCCAACAAUAAACUUCCCCUAUAAUCAGAAUUUGGUACGUUUUGCUUCUUGUUGUUAAAAGCGUGUGGAACGUUUUUGGCUUCAAAAGCUUUUUCUACGAAAACAUAUACUGUCCAGUUAGCAUUUUGCGACUCUAACCCUCAUCUCCGUUGCAUUUGGCUUUGUCAUGCGUUAUUGAUACCUAAAGUUAAAUUGAUCUUUACAAAUUUCCCCUGCUCCCCUUAUACUGAAUAGGAAGUCGUCCUGAGGCUAGCAAUGUUGAUCAUUUUCUACAACAAUUAAACCAAAUACUUCUGAUACAAUAACAAACGAGGUUUUUGCCUAAAGUAGGAAUAACCCUUGUAGCAUGCCUUUUUCCCAUCAAACCUGUUAUUACAGAAACUCAAUAUUCGUACAUUUUAUGCCAAUUUCUACUUCUGCUCUCAUCUCAAUACCUUGAACUAUAUCUUAAAUGUAUAGUCCAGUUCAUAAUCGGAAUUUUGCGCCAUUUAUCCUACUUAGUGGAAUCAAAUUCAACUAAUAUUUUUCUCCAUUUUUACUCGUUUGCAAUUUUUCUCAUUAUUCGUAGCAUUGCUGUAAAUGUUUUAUAGCUCGUUUAGAUUUAUCAUUUUGACACAAAACU